UCUGUACAACACUAUAAAUCUAUCACAAUAUUUUCUUAACUAACAUUGAUCUCUUAUCCCACACUCAAUCACCAUUGCCUUGAAAACCAUAGAAUUAUACACUCAAAAUAAAUAUCUGCAGCAGCAGUUUAUGAUAGUGAACAAGUGAAACAUGAAGUUUGGAAAAGAAUUGAAGUCACAAAUGGUGCCAGAAUGGGCAGAAGCUUACAUGGAUUAUGAGUUUCUCAAGACCCUUUUGAAAGAUAUAAGCCAUUUUCAAGAAAGAAACAGACCAGCUGCAUCAUUAGGCACUGAUAAUCCACAUGGUUUAACAAGAAAGCUCACUCUUUACAGGGCUUUUAGUGGCUUAACUCAAAGGACUUUGUCUCCCAGAAGUCCAAGAAAUCAUGACAUUGAGAGCCAGCCCAUUUUGGUGAACUCUGUGAAGAGAUCAAAUGGUGAAGAAGGGUAUGAAACUAGGUUCUUGAUGGUGGCUGAAGCAGGGGGGGAGUAUGAGCUUGUGUACUUUAAAAGGCUUGAUGAUGAGUUUAAUAAAGUUGUUAAAUUUUAUAAGAGUAAAGUUGAUGAGGUGAUGAAGGAGGCUGAUGUGUUGAACAAGCAGAUGGAUGCUUUGAUUGCUUUUCGAAUUAAAGUUGAUAAGCCUAAACAUGAUUUUUUCGAAAGCCGUGUUGAGAUGAGCAGACUUGCUUCUGCAGUUGAAGCUUCCUCUGAAGCAACUGUGUUAACUGCCUCAGCUUCUACUGCCAUGAGGGCAAGCAGAAAAGUUGCUCACAUGGAUGUAAUAGAUGAGGACAAAUCAAAUAGUGGAGUAAAAUCAGAUGAUAUAUCAAGUGAUGAUAAAGAUUCCGAAGGAAGCAGAAGGCCUAGAGGAAUUAGUACUGUUAGGCCACCUCCGCUGGAGAUCCUUGAGCGUGUUACAAUUAAUAAACCUAUUGAGACGCCUCGCUCAACCAUCAAAGGUGUGCUUAAUGUCCCUGUUCAGACGGACUUGAAAUUCACCAAGGAGAAUCUGAAUAAGGUUGAAGAACAACUUAAAAGGGCUUUUACUGAAUUUUACCAUAGGCUGCGACUUCUAAAGAGUUAUAACUUUAUGAACCUGCUGGCAUUUUCAAAGAUCAUGAAGAAAUACGAUAAGAUUACCUCAAGAAACGCUUCCAAGUCCUACUUGAAAAUGGUUGACAACUCCUAUCUAGGCAGCUCGGAUGAGGUUACGAAGCUUAUGGAAAGGGUUGAAGUUGCAUUUGUUAAGCAUUUUGCCAACUCUAAUCGGAAGAAAGGCCUGAGCACUCUAAGACCAACAGCCAAGAGACAAAGACACAGAAUAACCGCCUCUUUAGGUUUCUUUGCUGGGUGCACAGUAUCUCUCAUUGUAGCCCUCAUUUUAAUCAUCCGUGCACGUAAAAUUUUAGACAAGAGUGGCAGACACCAAUACAUGAAUACUAUGUUUCCCUUGUAUAGCCUGUUUGCGUUUAUUGUCUUGCAUAUGGUCAUGUAUGCGGGAAACAUAUACUUCUGGAGGCGAUAUCGAGUGAAUUAUCCAUUUAUAUUUGGAUUUAAUCAAAGAACUGCACUAGGAUAUCGAGAAGUUCUAUUGCUUGCUUCUGGUCUUGCAGUUCUGGGAACAAGUUGUGUGCUAGCGAAUCUUGAUAUGGAAAUGGAUCCCAAAACAGGCGACUACAAGGCAGUCACUGAGCUUCUGCCUCUUGGAUUAGUAAUUCUUGUAUUAGUCAUAGUGAUCCUCCCAUUCAACAUCAUAUAUCGGUCAAGUCGGUACUUCUUGCUGACUUGCAUCUUUCACUGUAUAUGUGCUCCUCUGUACAAGGUUGUACUCUCAGACUUUUUCUUGGCUGAUCAAUUUACAAGCCAGGUUCAAGCUUUUAGAAGUCUUGAAUUCUACAUAUGUUACUACAGUUCAGGUGACUACAAACGCAGAGAAAAUGAUUGCAAUAAAAGUGACGUUUUCAAUACUUUCAAUUUCAUUGUAGCCGCCAUUCCAUUUACAUGGCGCCUUCUUCAGUGUCUCAGGCGAUUCUUUGAAGAAAAGGACAACUGGCAAGGUCUGAAUGGAUUAAAAUAUUUUGCGACAAUUGUUGCUGUUACUACCAGAACAGCUUACAGCCGCAGUCAUAGUAAUGGAUGGAAAGCAGUCGCCUGGAUUGCCUCAAUCAUCGCAGCAGUGUCCAGCACAUAUUGGGACCUUGUUCUGGACUGGGGACUACUUGAUCGAAAAUCCAAGAACCGCUGGUUGAGAGACAAACUAGUAAUUCCACACAAAAGUGUCUACUUUAUAGCAAUGGUAUUGAACGUUUUAUUAAGACUAGCUUGGCUACAGACAGUAUUGGAUUUCAAAGUUUCUUUCCUGCAUAGACAAACAUUGAUCACCAUUGUGGCUAGUCUAGAAAUCAUUCGUCGUGGCAUUUGGAACUUCUUCAGGUUGGAGAAUGAACAUUUGAACAAUGUGGGAAAGUACCGUGCCUUCAAGUCUGUGCCCUUGCCAUUCAACUACGAUGAAAAUGAAGAUGCUGAUGAUGAGUAAUUGAUAUCAUAGGAAGAGUUGAUAGAUUACAGCCUGGUUUAUAUAGGAGAUUUAGAAAUCUACAUAUUUAUAUUAAUUUUUGUUAGGAAAUUUAAAUUAUAGCCAAAUCUUGAUCAGUUGUAAAAUGUAGCUGUUUCUGUCUAUGAAUUCAAAUUUGCUUCUUCGCAAAGAAAAUUCGAGUGUG